UCAGCUGAAGAUGACAGGCCAGGUGGCCGACAGAGACUUGUCCCCCCAUCGUCUCUCAGUGAAGACCACUGUGGAGGAGGAGCCAGAGAGGGAGAGAGCUGAGAGUACUCUCAGCAGAGUGCCAUCAGAAUGUGAUCAUGAUAAUGAUGACACAUCCUCAGAGCUGGCACGGGUGGCCGCUCUCGAUGGUGGAAACAACUCAAGGAACUCUUUUCAAGGACGGGGAGCUCUGUCUAGAUUAGUGAAUUUGGUGGUGAUUCUGAGGGAGUGGGCACACAAGAGCCUUGUAGAGGAGGAGGAGCGGCCAGACUCUUUCUUGGAACGCUUCCGUGGCCCUGAGCUAAGGACUGCCCCUAGUCGCAUCAGCAAUACGCAGCCUGAUGCCAAUGGCAACAAUAUCAAAGGGAGAUUUAGGAAAAAAUGGGGUGUGUUCGUUGUGUCCCCAUCAGACGACAAGUACUACCGUUGGCUGUUUGUUAUUGCUAUAGCUGUGCUCUACAACUGGAUCCUCAUUGUGGCUAGGGCAUGCUUUGACAAACUGCAGACAAGCAAUUACAUCUGCUGGUUGGUGCUGGACUACCUUUCAGACGCUUUGUACAUCCUGGACACAUGUGUCCGACUCCGCACAGGGUUUCUGGAGCAGGGUCUACUGGUGAAGGACCUCUCCAAGCUGAGAGACAGCUAUGUCCGCACAUUUCAGUUCAAGCUGGAUGUUGUGUCCAUCCUACCCACUGAUCUGGCCUACAUAUCCACAGGAAUCCACACCCCAGAGCUCAGAUUCAAUCGCCUGCUGCGCUUCCCACGCAUGUUUGAGUUCUUUGACCGCACUGAGACACGCACAAACUACCCCAACAUCUUCCGCAUCUGCAACUUGGUGCUCUACAUCCUGGUCAUCAUCCACUGGAAUGCCUGCAUCUACUUUGCUAUUUCCAAAUCUCUAGGGUUUGGCUCUGAUACCUGGGUGUACCCCAACAUCUCCAACCCCGAGUAUGGCUCCCUAACCCGGGGCUAUGUCUACUGCCUGUACUGGUCCACCCUCACCCUCACCACUAUUGGAGAGAUGCCUGCACCUGUACGGGAUGAGGAGUAUCUUUUUGUGGUCUUUGACUUCCUCGUUGGGGUGCUGAUCUUUGCCACGAUUGUGGGUAAUGUUGGCUCCAUGAUUUCCAACAUGAAUGCCACACGUGCAGAGUUUCAGGCCCGUAUUGAUGCCAUCAAACACUACAUGCACUUCCGCCGGGUCAGCAAGGAGCUGGAAGCACGCGUCAUUAAGUGGUUUGACUACCUCUGGACUAAUAAGAAAGCAGUGGAUGAGCAGGAGGUAUUGAAGAACUUGCCUAACAAAUUGCGGGCUGAGAUCGCCAUCAAUGUGCACCUCGAGACCCUGAAGAAAGUGCGUAUCUUUCAGGACUGUGAGGCUGGACUGUUGGUGGAGCUGGUCCUGAAACUCCGGCCACAGGUCUAUAGCCCAGGGGACUACAUCUGCCGCAAAGGGGACAUAGGGAAGGAGAUGUACAUCAUCAAAGAGGGGAAGCUGGCAGUGGUGGCAAAUGACGGGGUCACACAGUACGCCCUCCUCACCGCCGGCAGCUGCUUUGGGGAGAUAAGUAUCCUCAACAUCCAGGGCAGCAAAAUGGGAAACCGCAGGACGGCCAAUAUCCGCAGUAUCGGCUAUUCUGACCUCUUCUGCCUCUCUAAGGAUGACCUGAUGGAAGCAGUGACCGAGUACCCUGAUGCUAAGAAGGUGCUGGAGGAGAGGGGGAAGGAGAUCCUUAUGAAGGAGGGCCUCCUGGAUGAGAAUGCAGAGGCUGGCAGACUAGGUGGAGAGGACACUGAGGAGAAGGUGGAGAGGCUGGAGUCCUCUCUGGACACCCUGCAGACGCGCUUCGCCCGCCUGCUCAGCGAGUACACGGCCACACAGCAGCGGCUGAAGCGGCGCAUCACCAACCUGGAGCGCCAGCUGUGCCACACGGGCUGCGGGAUCCUCUCAGACGCAGACCUCUCUGACGAAGACUCAGCUUCUGAGGCUGAGGCAGACACUUUGGCCGCUGCCAAUACCGUUGAGCAGGGUGACCAUGGAAAUGAUGAGCCGACUGAAUCCACUGUUCAAACUUGAAAGCUGCAUGAGACCAUGGCUCUAGGCCUAGCAGUUUUCAAGCACUUUCAAAUUCACAAGGGUAUGCACAAAUGUACAAUAAACUUCCUUCCUAAUAAGAAAAUCAUUUUCAUAUUAACUUUAUGACUGUUGCAUUAAGAGUACAGUGCCUUCAGAAACUAUUCACACCCCUUGACCUGUUCCAUAUUUUGUUUUGUUACAGCCUGAAUAUUACAUUUAGAUUUUGUGUCACUGGCCUACACACAA